CGACAAAAGCCCUCAUGUUAGUUCAGAAACAGAAGAAGCCUAGCAUCACAACAACACCGCUGCUAACGUUAGCUCGUAGGGAAGCGAACUGUAUUUUUUUCUGCUAAUUUGGAACAUAUUAACAGGUACGCUGGAAUUUUCUGAUACCCACUCGGACAUGUCCUAUGUCUUCAUUAACGACUCAUCGCAGACCAACGUGCCUCUGCUGCAGGCAUGCAUCGAUGGAGACCUGCCUUUCGCCAAGAGGCUCCUGGAGACGGGAUGUGACCCCAACAUCCGAGACAACCGCGGUCGCACCGGCCUGCACCUAGCCGCCGCCCGGGGGAAUGUGGACAUUUGCCGCCUCCUGCACAAGUUCGGGGCCGAUCUGUUGGCGACUGAUUAUCAAGGAAAUACAGCUCUGCAUCUGUGUGGUCAUGUGGAUACGAUACAGUUCCUGGUUUCCAACGGGCUGAAGAUCGAUAUCUGUAACCACAACGGCUCGACCCCUUUGGUGCUGGCGAAGCGACGCGGCGUCAACAAGGACGCCAUUCGUCUGCUGGAAGGACUGGAGGAGCAGGAGGUGAAGGGCUUCAACAGAGGACCCCACUCCAAACUGGAGACCAUGCAGAUGGCCGAUAGUGAGAGUGCGAUGGAGAGCCACUCCUUACUCAACCCCAACCUGCAGAGCAGCGAGGGCGUCCUGUCCAGCUUCAGGACCACCUGGCAGGAGUUUGUGGAGGAUCUGGGCUUCUGGAGGGUGCUGCUGCUGCUGGUGGUCAUCGCCCUGCUCUCCCUGGGCAUCGCCUACUACGUCAGCGGGGUGCUGCCUUUCUCCACCAGCCAGCUGGAGCUGGUGCACUGAGGGAGGAGGAGGAGUGGUGAGGAAGAACGAGCAUGGGGUAGGAAGGUAGUAAAAGAAACAAGCGAAGUUCUGCUUUCAGCUGUUUACACCAGAACAGAAGAUUUUUGUUAAUUUGCAGCUCAGAGCUUUUUCUUGGUUAUCCAAACAGGGAAACAUCACAUUGUAUUGUUGUAAAAAGAGAAGAUCCAAAAGAACAAAACUCACUUUCUCCAUUAAAAACAUACAUAAAAAAGCUUGAGGUGAUUAACAGAAAAAGCCCAGGAGGCGCCUCAUAUGUUGCUCUUGUUUGAAUAUUGUGUAACAUAUCCCCUUUAAAUGAGUUUAGUUGAAGCUGCUUUUCAAAUAGCGUGAGUGAGAAAAUCUGAGGCUCUUGUUGUGUUUAACCAUUUGAAACCUGGAUCACUUUUCUUGUGCUGCUUCCAGUCACCUUACACAAGUAUUAAAACCUUUGAAC